AUGGAUGAGCAAAAUGACAAUUCAGAGCGUUAUAAAGUCAUUAUCAUUGGUGAUAGUGCGGUCGGCAAAUCUUCUAUAGCUUCCAGACAGUGCAAUUCUGAAUUUGAACCAGACAUGGGACCAACAAUUGGCUCUGCACACUUUAUGACUACAAUUCCUUUAGGAGACAGAAAAGUAACACUAGUAGUUUGGGAUACAGCAGGACAAGAAGAGUUUGCACCAUUAGUUCCAAUGUAUUCAAGAAAAGCAAAUUGUGCUUUAAUUGUUGGUUCUGUCGACUCUCCUGAAUCAAUUAACAAUAUGAAGAAAUGGGAAGACGUGAUAUUACAAUCUGGUGAAAAGCCAGCAAUUAUUGCUGUAAUUAACAAAAUAGAUUUAGCAAAAGAUGAAACGCAAACAAUAGAUGACUUGAAAUUUCGAUUAAAGGGAGAGUUCGAAGAUAUUUUCUUUGUUUCCGCUAAAACUGGAAGCAAUAUCCAAGAACUUUUCAUCAGUGUUGCAAUGAAGUGUACGGCUACAAAUCAGAUAGAAACUGGAACAGCUCCAAAGCUAACUACUCAGACUACUAAGAAGUUAUGUUGCUAA